AUGGUGAAACUCAACCGGAGUUUCUGGGUUCUCAUUCUCUUCUCAAUCGCAAUUCUUUCAAUCCAAUUCAAGGGCUCGUUUGGAUCCGAAUCAACUAACGAAGCUUACGUCACACUUUUGUACGGAGAUGAGUUCUUAUUGGGAGUCAGGGUAUUGGGGAAAUCGAUUCGAGACACUGGAUCUAACAAAGAUAUGGUCGUUUUGGUCUCCGAUGGCGUUUCCGACUACUCUAAGAAGCUUCUCAAGGCUGAUAAAUGGAAAGUAGAGAAGAUUAGUUUGUUAGCAAAUCCAAACCAAGCUCAUCCCAAGAGAUUCUGGGGUGUUUAUACAAAGCUUAAAAUAUUUAAUAUGACUGAUUACAAGAAAGUUGUGUAUCUGGAUGCUGAUACUAUUGUGGUGAAGAACAUCGAGGAUCUGUUCAAGUGCUCCAAGUUUUGCGCCAACUUGAAGCACUCUGAGAGGCUAAACUCUGGAGUAAUGGUCGUUGAGCCCUCUGAAGCUUUAUUCAAUGAUAUGAUGCAACAAGUGAAGACCUUGUCGUCUUACACCGGUGGAGACCAAGGUUUCUUGAAUUCGUAUUAUCCAGAUUUCCCGAACGCUCGUGUUUUCGAUCCGAGUUUGUCCCCUCAAGUCAUGAAAACUAGACCGGUUCCUAAAAUGGAGAGGCUCUCUACGUUGUACAACGCUGAUGUUGGUCUUUAUAUGCUUGCUAACAAGUGGAUGGUUGAUGACAGCAAACUUCAAAUUAUUCACUACACUCUGGGCCCUCUUAAGCCUUGGGAUUGGUGGACAGCAUGGCUCGUUAAACCUGUUGAUGUGUGGCAUAGCAUUAGAGUAAGCCUUGAGGAGACUCUUCCUGGAACUGGAGGUGGAAAAACACCGAACGAUGAAUUCAUCGUCAAGUUCCUUUUCUUGUUACCACUUUGUGGGCUUCUGUUCUGCCUUUAUCGCUCCAUACAGGGACGUGACUUGUUUGGUUCAUUGAGCAGGAGCUCUGUAUACAAUCUAUAUUGCAAACUCAGAUCUAAUGGUUAUAGUGGUUUAUCGACAUUGAAUUCCAACUAUCAACUCCACACUGGCUCAAACUCUAAGGUUCCUCAAUACUUGGGGGCAGUUUCGGUUGUAGUCUGCUUUGUGGCCGUUUUGACAUCCAUUGGAGUCUCCUUUAUGAUUGUGCCAAGGCAAAUCACGCCAUGGACUGGCUUGAUUUUGGUAUAUGAGUGGACAUUUACAAUCUUCUUGCUUUCGUAUGGUGGCUUUCUACUUGUAAUAUACCAAUAUGGCAAGAAAAUCGCAGUUGAAACAACAGAAUCGUCAGUGGAUGAUUCAGGAAAAGUUCAUCAGCGAGCAGAUGCGUCUUGUGACUUUACUACAUGGUAUUAUGGAUUGGGGAUGGUAUUUUUGGCUUUUGCUGCCAUUUCUCUGCCCUACCUUUUAGGUGUCACAUCUUUAUUUUUGAGGUUGGGUCUGAUGAUAGCCGUAGCCAUAGUUCUAGUUUCGUUUAUGACUCAUGCUUCAGAGCAACUUGCAAUCAGAUGGUUCCUCAAAGGUCUAGAAGACGGUGACACGACGAGAUCAAAGUCUAUCUGCUGA